UUCGCGUCUCGCUAAGUCAGAGGAUAAAACCUCAUUUUCUUCAAGCUAGAAAAAAACUAAUCUAUGUUCCAUACAAAUUGAAAGCCCUUUUUGCCCGAAUAGUUUUUUUAAUGACACCAGAAUUUCAACUCGGGUUGUUUCAUGGCAAUUAUAAUUGCCGCAAUUUAAUUAUCUAAUAAUUUGAAGUCGGUCAUGGACGAAAAUUGCGUCGCCCCGCAAAAGCCCGCGGCCGGCGCAGCAGACGACGAGCAGCCCGCCCCCGGUGACGGGUGUGGCUGGCACUUCUGCUUCAGCGGGCGCUGCGUCCAGCAUUCUAGGACUGCCAAGUGGCUCCUCUUCUGGAUGUGCUGGGCUGCAGCCGUACAGGGUAUGGUCGUCAAUGGCUUCGUCAACGUCAACAUUACGACCAUCGAGAAGAGGUUCAACCUCAUGUCUGGGAGCACGGGUAUUAUCUCCGGGUCGUACGACGUGGCCUCAGUUCUGGUGUCUGUACCGGUCUCGUAUCUUGGAUCCAGACCUGGGUCUUCGAAGCCUCGAUGGUUGGGGGCGGGAUUGAUCAUCUUGGGCUUGGGGUCUUACAUGUUCAUGCUUCCCCAUCUGCUUGUUCCUCCCUACGAAGUCAGAGUCGACAAUGAUACGCUCGGUACCCAAACCAGCAGUCUCUGUCACGAACAAUUACGGACCAGCGAUACGUGCAACUCUACUUCUGAGGAGGAAGGGCUACCAAACUUCAUUUGGUUCUUUAUUACCGGACAAUAUUUGAUGGGGUUCGGGGCAGCGCCGAUCUACACGUUGGGGAUGGCCUUCAUAGACGAGUCUGUGUCACCCACUCAGUCUGCGUUCUACCUGGGUAUUUUCAGUACCAUGGCAAUGGUUGGCCCAGCCUUGGGAUAUGCCAUAGGAGGUCAGCUGCUCAGUGUUUACAUUGACGCUCCUGUGGUCAACGCUGCCGAGUUAGGACUGACGCCAGCAAGCAACCGCUGGCUAGGAGCCUGGUGGAUCAGCUUCCUUAUCACCGGGUCCUUAUCUCUGCUCGUGGCCAUACCCAUCCUCAUGAUCCCUGCCGAGGUCGACAAAACGGCUGCAUUCAAACGCUCAGAUCGCAAAUCGUUGCCCUCAAACGAAGACGAGGGCUCAAGCAGAGACUUCGAUACGUCUUCCGUAGACGCCAUACCGGCCUCAGGCGUCACCGCUUUCCGGCAGCUGGACGGGCUUUGGACUGCAUCCAAAUCCCUCUUAUCUUGCCUACCAUUUAUCUUUCUCUCUAUUGCCAAGUCUUGUGAGGGCUUCGUGCUCUCCGGUAUGGCGACAUUCUUGCCCAAAGUCUUGGAAACCCAGUUCUCUUUACCGGCCGGACUGGCAGCCACUGUUGUCGGAGCUUUAGCGAUAUCGGGUGGAGGUAGCGGCAUUCUGGCGGGAGGCUUGUUGAUCAAACGGCUGAAGAUGACCUGUGAGAACGUCAUCCGAUUGUGCUUCGUGGUCUCUUCGUUCUGCAUGUUCUCCGCUUUUAUUUUCUUCAUCCGUUGCCCCAAUGCAAAAUUUGCGGGACUCAACAUUGCAUACAACAGUUUAAGCUCCAUGUCGACGCCGGAGAUGGAGUCAAGCUGUAACCUGGACUGCGGGUGUAUAGACGUGGCCUUCAGCCCGGUGUGUGGUGCCAACAACGUCAUCUAUUACUCGCCCUGCCACGCCGGCUGCACGCACGCCUCUACGGGCGACCAAAAACAAAUUUUCAGCCGCUGUGUCUGCGUGGCUGAACUUCCGCAGCCGUUGAAUUCUCCUCAGUUGGACGGGCAUCCCGAGCUUGAGAUCGACCAAGCGGUGAUGAACGCGUGUCCCAGCAGCUGUGGCCUCCUAGGCCUCUUCCUCUUCUUGUGCCUCAUCCUAAUGUUCUUGUCCUUCCUCAUGGCCAUGCCGGUUGUCAACAGCACCAUGAGUGAAAAUUCUAAAUUUCACGCCUUCAAUCGCGAUAAUAAUGACCAAGCGUGUGAGCUGCGCAGGCGGACGUGCGGCGCUGCCGGGGCCUGCGUGGCGUACGACAACUUGGCCCUCGGCAGGUACUUAUUCGGCCUGACUUUCAUCGUGAAGAUCAUGACUACGUCGAGUCUGUUCCUCGCCUGGCGCACCUACGGAGGACGGUUGGAAUCGAGCGCAAGAAUAAAUGAUGCACGAACAAACAAUGCAAGAACAAACAAUGCAAGAACAAACGACGGAAAUACAAACAGCUGAAAGGAACACAACUCUGAAUUUUCCACAGCAAACGGGCGUUCAAACUGCGCGAUGUUGCGCAAUACAGAAGCCAGUUUCGUGGACUCUGAACAUUCUUCAGCAAACAGUUCUGUACCUGCUAUAAGAAUUCGGUUGAACUAUCUUAGCUAAGAGUAAAUGCUAGUCCCUGGUUCACGAGAAAAUGUUUCAUUGUUGGCAUGCUUACGAUGUUUGAGAGACAUUAUUGAUGAGUAAUUGUUAUCUAUGAGAUUGGUGCUCUCGAUAUGUAUUGAGGAGGAUACGAAUUUAAUUAUAUUUUAUAUAUGUUAAGAGAUACAUAUGCUCGCUGUGAUAUUGAUGAAUUAGACUAAUAAUUAGAUUUAAAAAGCAAACGUAUCAUAUAUAACCCAGAUUUUUACUCUAAUUUACAUAGUACAAGUAAUAGGUGAUUAUUUGAACAUUCCUAGUGCCGCACACUUGUGGUGGAUGGUUACAUGAACAUUCCUGGUGCUGCACACUUGUGGUGGAUGGUUAUUUGAACAUUCCUGGUGUCGCACACUUGUGGUGGAUGGUUACUUGGACAUUCAUUGAUCCGCACUUGUCGUGGAUGGUUUCUUUAACAUUCCUUGUGUUGCAAGCUUGUGGUGAAUGGUUAAUGGAACAUUCCUGUAGCUGCGAACUUGUAAUGGUAAGUUGCAAGUUGGUUACGUACAUGCAGUGAAGGUGUCUUUCUUAAUUUGAUUGACUAAUUAAGGUCAAGCUUGUUGAACAUCGGUCCAACCUUGGUCUGGCCACAAAGCGUAAUCGAUUUGUACCAAACAGAAAGUAGUUUCUUCUCGGAACAAACAUUUGUCGAGACUUGAAGUUUAACCAAAGCAAGUUUUUCUCGAUGAAUUAUACUGCAGCAAUUGCA